AUGGCUACCCCGACGCUCAAGGGGACUGAAGCUAUGGAUACCGAGAAGAACGGGUCUGUCGACGGUCUGCCGAUGGAUAACACCCCUAGCUCGCCUACACGCUCGAGAGGCUUAUUUACCCGCCGAGUCCCUCCACCUCCGUCGCAGAAUCUAGACGACGCGUCGCUCUCUCCCGAGGCUACGGCUGGUUUUCUGGGCCGUCUGUCCUUCACUUGGAUCUGGCCCUUGCUGACUCUCGGGUACGCGCGCCCUCUCGAAGCUGGUGACCUCUGGAAAUUACAGGACGAUCGAUCAGCUGCAGUCGUCGGUGCCAAGAUCGAGGAAUCCUUCAAUACACGCGUCAAGUUGGCAGAUCAAUACAACGCCGCUCUCGCAUCCGGGGAUAUUUCGCCGUCGCGUCUCCAGCGCGCAUGGUGGGGCGCAUUCGGCAACCGAGAAAAACGCGAAGCGCACUGGCGUGAGACGAGCAAACAGUCUCCCAGCUUGGCCUUAGCAUUGAGUGACGCUGUGUCCUGGUGGUUCUGGAGUGCUGGCAUCCUCAAGCUUAUGGCCGAUCUUGCUCAGAACUUCUCGCCUUUGGUCGUGAGGACUAUCAUCACAUUCGCUACAGAUUCAUACGUUGCGCAUGCGUUCGGAACUUCUGUUCCGGGUGUGGGGAAAGGGGUUGGGUUUGCGCUCCUUCUUAUCGCUCUGCAGAUAAUCAUGACACUGUGCUCCAAUCACUUCAUGUACCGUGCGGCGUCAACCGGUGUCCUGCUCCGCGGCGGGCUCAUCAGCGCGAUAUACAACCGCUCGCUACGAUUCACGACACGCUCUCGCAGUAAACUUCCGACUGGAAAGCUUACGAACCUGAUCUCCACCGACGUCUCGCGCAUUGACACAGUCUGCUUGUAUUUCCACAUGAGCUGGGCCGCGAUCGUUCAACUAGCUAUCUGCAUUGGCUUGUUGGUGCACAACUUGGGGCCGAGCGCUCUCGCCGGUCUGGGGUUCUUCAUUUUCGCUAGUUUGCCUCAGGGCAUCGUCGUCCAGCAGCUGCUAUCCACGCGCCGGAAGGUCGUUGUCUGGACGGAUAAGAGAGCUCGCUUGCUGCAAGAGCUCUUCAGUGGCAUCAAGCUAGUCAAGCUCUUUGCCUGGGAGGGGUCAUUUCUCGGACGAGUGCAAGACAUCCGUAGCCACGAGAUGGGGUACAUCCGCUCAUUGGUCAUCAUCCGCUCCUCUCUGUUGGCGAUGGUGUUCUCGCUGCCUACGUUAGCUUCGAUCAUCUCGUUCAUAACCUACUCUGCCUCUGGACACGAGCUUAACGCUGCGGUCAUUUUUUCGUCUCUGACACUAUUUCAGCUGCUCCAGACCCCUCUAAUCUUUCUUCCGAUCGCCAUGAGCACCAUUGUCGAUGCUAGCAAUGCCCUCGAACGUAUAAGUCAGGUGUUUACCGCCGAGUUGAUCAACGAGAGUCUCAACAUCGACCCAUCUCUCUCGGACGCCAUCCGUGUGGACAAGGCUUCUUUCACUUGGGAUGCCGCCACCCCGUCCUCCACCGACUCGCACGCUACUGACGAGAAGGAGAAGGUCGCGAAGGAAAGCGAAACGAAGGGCACGAGGAAGAAGGGCAAAAAGGGCAAGAAGGACGAGUCGGACAGCACUGAGCCUGAACCUCCCGUUGAGGCGUCAAACGACGAAGUCAUCUUCAAUCUCGACGACAUUGACUUUACCGUCGCGCGUGGAAAGCUCGUGGCUGUCGUCGGCGCUGUGGGGUCAGGGAAGUCUUCGCUCUUACAAGCGCUCAUCGGUGAGAUGCGGCGUACGGCUGGGUCAGUCACGUUCGGUGGAAGCAUCGCCUAUUGCUCUCAGGUGCCUUGGAUUCAGAACGCCACCAUUCGCGACAAUAUCUGCUUUGGCCGCCCAUUCGUCGCGGAUCGUUACUGGAAGGCGGUCAAGGACUCCUGCCUGGAGAGUGAUCUGGAUGUUCUUCCCAGCGGCGAUAGGACAGAGGUCGGCGAGAAGGGCAUUCAACUGUCCGGUGGACAGAAGCAGCGUAUCAACAUCUGUCGAGCGAUCUACUCCGACGCAGACAUCAUGAUCUUUGAUGACCCUCUCUCCGCUUUGGACGCCCACGUCGGCGAGACCGUGUUCAACCGGGUCCUGGCGGAUGCCAGCUCCGGCAAGACGCGCCUGCUCGUAACACACGCACUUCACUUCUUGCGUCGCGCGGACUACGUCUAUGCGAUCGUGGACGGCCAUAUAGCGGAGCGGGGUACAUACAGCGAACUGAUGGACGCUCGUGGAACCUUCGCAAGGCAUAUCGACGAGUUCGUUUCGGACGCUCAGCAGACGGAGGCGGAAAAAGCGGACGGCGUAGAAACCACUCCUGCCGAGGCCGCCGCGAAAGCCAAGCGCGAAGCUGCUGUCAAGGGAGACGCCGUGAUGCAAGAAGAAGAGCGUGAAACCGGUGCGGUUAGCUGGAGAGUCUAUCGCGAGUACAUCAUGGCUGGCUACGGUUGGGCGUCGGUCCCGUUCGUCAUGGCUUUCUUAGUCCUUGAACAAGGUGCCAUCGUCGUGACUUCUUACUGGCUUGUAUGGUGGCAGGACCAGGCGUUUCAGAAGCCCAAUGGUUUCUAUAUGGGCAUUUACGCCGCGCUGGGCGUCACGCAAGCGCUGUGCGCGUUUAUGGUUGGCGUCGCAUUUGCUGUGAUAUCCUAUGUCGCCUCGAAGCAACUUCAUAAUGCGGCGAUGCAGCGUGCUAUACAUGCGCCUCUGUCAUGGUUCGAAUCGACUCCGCUCGGACGCAUCCUGAACCGCUUCUCUAAAGACAUAGACACCAUGGAUAAUGGUCUUGUUGACGCCUUGCGAACCUUCUUCACUGGUCUUAUGGGUAUCGUGGGGUCUGUCGUCAUCAUCAGCAUAUCUCUACCGUGGUUCCUUAUCGCUGUCGCUGUCAUCGUCGUCCUGUAUGUCUUUGUCACGAUAUUCUAUCGAGCGAGCGCUCGCGAAGUGAAGCGUCUUGAAGCCGUCCUGCGCUCGUCCGUCUACGCCCACUUCUCAGAGUCCAUCUCUGGUAUUGGCACCAUCCGCGCAUACGGCGAGGAGAACCGGUUUUGUGCCGAGAACAGCAAGAGAAUGGACGUCGAGAAUCGGGCCUACUGGAUGACCGUGACGAACCAGCGCUGGCUCGCGCUCUGGCUUGAUUGCAUGGGUGUCGUGCUCACGACUGUCGUCGUCUUCCUCAUCAUCGGCACUCGCUUUACCAUUUCACCCGCGCGCACGGGGCUGGUGCUCUCUUAUGUCGUCAGCUUGCAGGCGACGCUCGCUUAUCUUAUCACGCUAUUGUCGGAGGUUGAGAACAACAUGAACUCGGUUGAGCGUGUCGUUCACUACGCGCGCAACAUCGAGCAGGAACCCGCGCAUGAGCUUCCAGAGCGCACACCCGCUGCACCGUGGCCCUCUGUUGGUGCGCUGGAGAUCAAGGAUAUCGUGUUCAAGUACCGACCGGAGUUGCCUGCUGUGCUGAAGGGCAUUAGCUUGUCCGUACAUCCCGGGGAAAAGAUCGGGUUUGUUGGUCGGACUGGCGCCGGGAAGACUAGCUUGCUGACCACGCUCUUCCGCCUCGUCGAGCUGACAUCGGGCUCCAUCACCAUCGAUGGCGUGGAUAUUUCGACACUUGGGCUCAGUGAUCUUCGCAAGAACAUCGCGAUCAUUCCGCAAGAGUCCACUCUCUUCCAAGGUACUCUGCGAACCAACUUAGACCCAUUCGACAACCAUGACGACGCUCGCCUCUGGGAUGCAUUGCGUCGCUCGUAUCUUGUCGACUCCGUCCUCACUACUACAGAGGAUAAUGCAAAGAAGGAGACGGUACUCGACGCUGAGAAGGGUGACGAAUCCCAGGCAGAGGACGCGAAGGUCGCGGGAAGCGUCAAGACCCCAGCGCGUUUCACUCUCGACAGUACCAUCGAUGACGAGGGCGCGAACAUCUCAAUCGGUCAGCGCUCGUUGGUUUCUCUUGCUCGCGCUCUUGUCAAGGAAAGCAAGGUACUCGUGCUCGACGAGGCGACCGCCAGCGUCGAUUACGAGACAGACCGCAAGAUCCAGGAGACGAUUGCCCGCGAGUUCAAUGAUAGGACUAUCCUCUGCAUUGCGCAUCGCUUGCGCACUAUCAUCGCCUACGACCGUAUCUGCGUCCUCGAGCAGGGCGAAAUAGCUGAGCUCGACACGCCUGCUAACCUCUUCGCUGUAGGUGGCAUAUUCCGCGGGAUGUGCGACCGCUCUGGUAUUACUCUCGAGGACAUACAUCGCGCGGUGGCUCAUAGACGGUCCUUGGAACCCGGAGCUGCUCCGUGA